CUGUCAUUUACCAAACCGUUUUCGCAAGUGUCAUUUCGUCAAAACCACCCCUUAGUUCAUCAAUUACAACACGAAGAUUCUCAAAGCGAUGUCCUUCAACCCGAAGAGGACAUUGACGAAAACAUUCAGGAAUCUCCUAUCAGACACGCUUCACACAAUAGAACCAAUGGGGACGCUAGUAACCCGUGCUUCCACUUCACAGAGAGAACGUGGGAUAGCUGCAGGCAGAAAUAUGUCUACAAGGCCCAUUGUCAUGGUUCGCACGUUGCCUGUUAUAGAGCGAUGGAUCGAGGUUAUAGUUACCCCGCCUGUCAAGAAGUGUUUGGCUUUCCACAAGCCAAAUACAAAUCAAAAUGUGCUAAAUUGCCUAUAGACUGCCAAUGUGCUGCCUGAAACGAUUACCACAUACCAUUAGAUAUUUUUGUACUGAUGGAUAACUGUCGUGGUUGUUAGUAUUUUCUUGUUUCAUGCUGUCAUUGUUAUUUUAACCGUUGGCUGGUUUAAAAGAAUGCUAAAUAUGUGAAAAUAAAGAAAAAUAUAUUUUAUGGUUAUCAGAGACGAUUGUCGCUCUAAAACUAAAAUCGGUUGCUGAAUAAAUAUGAAUAAGCUUGUAUUAUCAUCGUUAUUAUUAUUAUAAACGAAAUGCUUUAGCUCUGGUGGACUUGUUGUACCGACAUCACACCAAGGGAGCGAGCCACACCCAAUGGCCAAAAGUCCCUUGGGUUAAUUCUCCAGUCCUCCAUCAACUCUCCAACUGCUGGUUUUCGGUGUCAUGCCAUUCAAAAUAG